ACGAAUGAUCAACACUGUUAUUAUGUGACCGAUCUGAAUAUGAUAUAAAAAGAUGUUGAUACGUAUAUUCUCCGCCCAAUAGAGUAGUCUAGAGUAACGGUAGUUCGGUGCAGUAAAAUCCAAUUCGUCGUUAUUGAAUUAGGUUUAAUUAUUUGUGUGGUAUGGAUAGAGAGUAAUGUCAAUGAGAAGUUAAUGAAAAAAGUCGAAUCUUCAAGUACGGACAAACGUGAGAGCAGAAUAAACUCAAAUAAUUCCUUUGAUUAAUGAAUUUUUGACACACAGAAUUGCCACGUGACGACGGGAAUAAAAUAGUUUCCUAUAUUUACCAAAGAACUCACAUACUGGUGGUUUGACUUCUGUUGAAUAUCGAACACUUGAUUUUGGAAAGAUUAUAAAUCAUUUCACACAUUAUUGUUUGUAUUGUCAGGUAUUUGUCAAUACUUUUGUUGUUAUACAGACAAGAACUGUUUUGUAAGGAUCUGGAGUGUUAUGUAACGAGAAAUAUAUGCCAUAGAAAGGUCGAUUAAAUACUAUGUGACCAUACUAUGAUACCUUGUUAUCAGAUGACAAAAGUAUGCAACGUAACAGCGAAGACAGAGACGGAGAAUCUAGUCAAACUAGUACGACAACGACAAUUUUUAUUUCUGAAUGUCUAUGCGAGAUCCAUGACAGUUCCAAUAGAAUACGAUGCGGAAUAUUCUUGACUGUUCUUAUUGCAGUCACAUCAGUAUCAGCAACAUAUCUUGCUCAAAGUACCUAUUAUGGAGAGUUCAAUGCACCCUAUUUUGUAACGUACUUUUCUACAGCAUGGCUCAUACUGAUGUAUCCAAUUUACACAUUGAUUUUGUUUAUUUAUUCAAAAGGAGCAUACUCACCAAAACAUGCAAUCAGAGAGCAUAUUCAGAUAUUUGCAAUUCAUGAGUUCACAUUUGGUCAUUUUCUUGGUAAAUCAGCCUUAUUUUGUGUUUUGUGGAUUGGUGCCAUGUAUACAUACACAAAAGCAUUGGACCCAAAUUUUACCAACGCAGCAGAUGUGUAUGCCAUAUAUUCAACACAUUACAGUUUCUUCUAUAUAUUAUCAUGGAUUGUUUUAUUUGAAUUAUUUGUGGCUGUCAGGAUAAUAGCCCUGAUCUUUUCUAUCAUUGGCGUAGUACUGUUUCUGUAUACUGACAGUUUUGGGUCAAGAUAUAUGUGGGGUGUUAUAUUAGCUGUAACCUCGUCAGCUGUCAUGUCAAUAUAUAAGGUUUUGUUUAAGAAGUUUGCUGGACAACCUGGUUUUGGGAAACUUUCCUUGUUUUUGUCUGUUUUAGGCUUGUUUUCUAGUUUAUUUUUAUGGCCAGUUCUGUUGGUGUUGGUUUUAUCAAAUACAGAAAAUAUAUCGGGAAAGGUUGUGCCGUGGGGAAGAGUGUGCGGAACAAUGAUUCUUUUCCUUUUUUACCAUUUGUUAAUGAACUACACGAGUGGCUUGACAUACAAAGUAUUUUUAGGGCUUGGUGUGGCUUUAGGUAUACCAAUUUGUACUAUUUCAGAUUACGUCUUUAAAAAUCUAACAUUAAAUGGUAUGGAGAUUACUGCCCUUGGUUUGACAUUUACAGGAUUAUUGUUAGUAUUAUGGCCAGAGAGAUGUCCAUCUGGACUGUACAAGCCAUUUAAAUGCUGUGUUAAAAAUGAAAUUGAAGCUCAAAGCAGAGAACAACGAUCACAUUCAGUGUUACAUUACAAUAAGGACUGAAAGUCUUAUAUUUUUCUCGUCAUAUAGAAUAGGUAGAAAAGUUACAUUGAGCUAACAAACAGAUACUAGCAAUUAUAUAUAAAGGCAGUUUUUCAUGAUAGCCGUUUAGCCAGCUGAUCAAGUCUUUAUUCUCCUUUUAUAAAACUGUAGUAUUCUUAAAUUCACCUUACAAUAAGGAUCAACAUAGUAUAGUUUAAAGGGAUAUUAAAAAUGUUGCUUCCAAUCAACCACCAUGACGCUGAUUUUAUAAACAGAUCAUACGGAUACAGCCACUUGAAAAGUAAUUUAAGAAAGGUUGCGAAAGUCUGAUGAUGCUGGCCUAACUUUAAUUGUUAAAAAGACCGUGUGUUCACAGAAAAAUACAUUGGUUUUCGUAAAUCUGUUAAAAAAAAGCUACAGAAAAAAUGGUACAUUUAAGUUGCUUUCUGAAUACCAAAAACAAAAAUAAAAACACUCAAAUCUUCAUUUUAUGGCACAGGUCUGAUAUAUCACUUUUAGCAUUUCCUUAAAAUAUUUUUCCAAUAUUUCAAUAUGUUUUAGGGAGUUUAUAGAAACUUGUGAUUUUGACCUUCUAUCCGAAAAUCAAUAUGGGUCUCUUUUUUUCUAUAGUGCUUUGUCCAGGUAACUUUGGUUGAAGGUUCAAAAGAUAACAUCGGGAGAAAACAUUUGUUAAACUUUCAAUAGCAGAUGUGAUCUUGACAGCUGCACUAUCGACUAUAAAACAAAAUUCGUCAUUCCUCAACCAAUAAAGCAUAAUCAAAACGAAUUUACUAAAAGAGGGGCGAAAUAUACCAUAGGUUCAUUCAAACUCACACAUCAAAAACAAACUGACAACGUCAUAGCUAGAAAAGAAAAAGACAAACAGACAAACAACAGUACAUAAGCCACACCAAUUAUAACUUUUAUACUAAGCACUUCCAACCCUGCCAAAAUCGAAAGAUUGACUCCUGGACAGCAUGCAUCAUAUCAUAUGCCAAGUUCGACUUCCUGGGCAACCCGACAAAUUUUGUUACAUUAUAAUUCAAAAAUGAAUUCCUGUCCCCAAUGACUACAACAGGUACGCUAGAGACCAAUAUUAUGCAAAAGUAAUAUGAAAAACUUUUUCUUUCGACAAAAAAUCAGACACAAACAGAACAGUCAAUAAGGUACCAGGAUUAUAAUUUAGUAAAAGUGUGGUAAGGUAAAUUUGGCCUAUAAUAGGUUUUACAAAAAUAAAAUAGCAUACAAUCAAGAUUCAGUUUUACCAAACAUGGUGCUCUUGUUACUCUAAUUUCUAAACAUUGACCAACGAAUUAUGAAUAUGAGGUCAAGGUCAUAUAAACCAUGUCAUUCUCCUCGAUUAAGUGAUUCAAUGUCAUGAUUUCUAACUUAUUAUAUACUGUUUCUAAAUUUCCAUUAUCCGGUGUUUCAAUGUUAUGAUUUAUAACGGAGUUUGUAUUCUCCGGAAUUCAAUGAUUCAUUGUCAAGAGUUAUAACUGACGUUCUACUCACUCUAAUUCAUUGAUUCAUUAUCAUGGUUUAUAAUCGGUUCUAUAAUCUCUCUGAGUCAGUGAUUCAAUGUCAUGAUUAUGACUGAUUAUAAACUCUCUGAUUAAGUUAUCAAAUGUCAUGAUUUAUAACUAGUUAUAUACACUCCAGGGUUCAGUGAUCAAAUGUCAUGAUUUAUAACUAGUUAUAUACACUCCAGGGUUCAGUGAUCAAAUGUCAUGAUUUAUAACUAGUUAUAUACACCUCAGGGUAAAGUGGUGUAUUGCAAUGAUCUAAUAAAUCCUAUAUACUCCAUGAUUCACUGAUUCAAUUUGAUUAUAACUGGUUAUAUCCACUCCAGGGUUAGGUGAUGUAUGCAAUGA